AUGGCAGACACGGAGCUGGACACCCUGCCUUCCGACACGGCCUCUCUCAGCGACUCCGACUCGGACAUCAGUCUGCCGGGCACUGGUGAGGUGGAGGCGCUGUCCCCUGAGGACCUGCGUGGCGAAGCCGAGGAGGAUUCGGGCCCCGACGAGCCCCCCUCGUCCCCAGUGGGCCCGCCCCGAGCAGCGGCACAGCCGUUCCACCUGAAAGGCGUGAGCACCCCGUUCUCCCAGCGCAGCCGCGACAUCUUCGCCUGCCUCGAUGGUGUGGCCCACGCCAGCAGGGGCGACAGUGGGGGCUUCAAGCGGCCUCUGCCCCCCCAGGGCCAGACACCAGGCGAGAGCCAGGCCAGGGCUAGCCAGAGCCCAGGCCCUCAGAAGGUGCCCUCUGUCCCCGACUAUGUGACCCACCCCGAGCGCUGGACCAAGUACAGCCUGGAGGACGUGGCCAAAGGCAGCGAGCAGAGCAAUCGGGCCGCAGCCCUGGCCUUCCUGGCCUCCCGGAGCCCAGCUGCAUCCCCUGACUAUGCCCCUUCCUUCAACCAGGACCCCUCCAGCCGCGGGGAGAGGAGGGUCGUUUUCACCAAACCUGCAAAGCUUGGUGAGGCCAGGCCCGAGAGGGGCCUGCGGAGGGCAGGAAUGCUGGGCACGGCCGAGGACACAGUGAAGCUGGCCCACCUGGCCUCAAACCCAGAGACUGAGGAGGGUGGUUCCCAGGAGGCCCUGCAGAAUGUGGGGGAGCCUGAGGAGGCCCCCGGAGGACUAGCCCUGGAUGCUGGGCCGUCUGAGCUGAUGGAGAAGGUGGGCUUCCACAGCAGCAAGAAGCGGAGCCGGGACCACUUCCGGACCAAAGGUGACGGGCCUGAAGACCCGGGAGCUGAGGCCUGA